AUGAGGGACAUCAGGGAGGGAGCAAGGGAUGGGAGGAAGGUCCAACCCACAACUGUCUUUGCAGAAGUGGCGCUCAGCAAGACACAAAGAAAACACUUCUGCUUUCAACGUGCCUUGGUCUUCACAUGCACCGUGUUGAUCCUGCUCACCGUCGCGCUGGGGAUAAGCUUGACAGCAUUUGCAAGGAAAUCUCUCCCUGACUUCUCCCAUGUGUGUCCUGAUGCCUGGCUGGGUUUCCAGGGGAGAUGUUACUACUUCUCCAGCAACGAGAGCGAUUGGGACUCCAGCAGGGCCAACUGCGAGUCCAUGGGCGCCUCGUUGGCUUCCAUCCACAGCCCGGAUGAGCUGGUCUUCAUAACACAUUACAAGGGAGCAGCUAGCUACUGGUUUGCAUUUGCAAGGAAAUCUCUCCCUGACUUCUCCCAUGUGUGUCCUGAUGCCUGGCUGGGUUUCCAGGGGAGAUGUUACUACUUCUCCAGCAACGAGAGCGAUUGGGACUCCAGCAGGGCCAACUGCGAGUCCAUGGGCGCCUCGUUGGCUUCCAUCCACAGCCUGGAUGAGCUGGUCUUCAUAACGCGCUACAAGGGAGCAGCUAACUACUGGUUUGGGCUGAGGAAGGCGGAUGACAAGAGCUGGAGGUGGACUAAUGACACAGCGUUCAACAACUGGUUGGUCCCUCGCUCCAUCUGUGUCUGGGUUAGGCGGCUGGGAUGA